AUGGCUUUGAAUGCUGUUUACACUUUAGUAUCUGCCGUGGUUACGACUUGUUUUCUCACAGUACUCUUCGUGCUAUCACUAUGGCAUAACCUAGUUGUAGCGCACUUCAAGAGGAAAGAUCCUAGAGACACCAGAAGCUCAAAAUCAAACAUUAAUUAUAGAAAUCGCUCCAGAAAUUGCUCGGCUGCCUCUUGCAUACCGCUUGUUAUCGAAGUCGACGAUGUGAACAAUAUCGAAUACGAUCAUCAUAUCACCAGUCCUGAUACGAGACCUGAAACAACGACCUCUAGCAAUCCAGAUUCGAGCCUCAACAACAAGGAACAGAAUAACGAGAAUGAGAAUCCUUUUAGCAAUGUGCUGAACGCUGAAGACAUGAAACUAGUAGCAGAUCUGAAAUACUACUACAAAGGAUACGGCAUUUCCAUAGAAGAAUUCAAAGUUGAGACAGAGGAUGGCUUUGUCUUGGAUCUUUGGCACUUCAAGCCUGCAGAAGAAGACCGGCCAAUUAAUACAGAAAGGCAUCCGAUGCUGCUUUUACAUGGGCUCUUGCAAAGCGCGGGGUCGUUUGCGUCGGGCGGAAGAAAAUCCCUUGCUCACUACUUUUAUGAGUCUCGCUUUGACGUUUGGUUAGGUAAUAACCGUUGCGGCCUCAAUCCGCAGUGGAACGAAAAAUUAAUCAAAGGUGAAGAUAAAUGGAAUUGGGACAUGCGGAAAAUGGCGCAAUACGACUUACAAGCACUUGUCUCAUCCGUUCUACAAAAGUCACAAAAAGAGAAAUUGACGCUCGUGGCACAUUCUCAAGGAACUACGCAGGGAUUUAUGGGACUAAUUAACAGCGAAACAAUUUACGGGAAUGACUUUCGCUUGAUUGACAAGGUGGAAAACUUUGUAGCUCUGGCACCUGCGGUAUACCCUGGUCCGUUGCUCGAGGAGAAGUAUUUUGUCAGAUUUAUGUCCAAGUUUAUUGACACUCCUUUUGUUUUUGGCAAAUCCUCCUUCAUGCCUCAAAUGAUGGCGAUGAGGUCUCUGUUAGUGGGCUCGAAAGUGUUUUCCUUCCUGUCAUACGUUAUGUUCAACUAUCUCUUCGACUGGAACGAUACGUUAUGGGAUAGGCCUUUAAGAGAUCGUCACUUUCUUUUUUCACCGGUCAGUAUAUCUGUAAAACUCAUGGAGUGGUGGCUAAGCCAAGACCCUCGAAAACAAAGUUUUAAGACAUAUGCUAAUAACAUUUUCCCAGAGAGGAAAACCUGGUUUCCCACUCAACAAGAUCCCUUGCGACAAGAAAGCUUGCAUCACGCGAACUAUGAGAGGCAGUCAACAAGCGAUUUUCCACGCAUUCUUAUGUUUAUUCCGCGGCAAGAUCGACUUGUUGAUGGGGAACGUCUCAUCAACCAUUUUGCUAAUUUUGAACCCCACUCUCUUUACAAGAUCUGGUAUAUUGAUGAAUACUCACAUCUCGAUGUCUUGUGGGCACAUGAUGUUAUAGAUAGAAUCGGAAAGCCUAUUUUGGAGAACAUUCGUUUGCCAGGAACUAUCCAUUAG